AUGAAUCGUAUAUUCGGCUCUACAGCAAAGAAGCCAAGGCCAAAUCUGCAGGAUGCGAUUGCUUCUACCGACGCGCGGAUUGGCACUAUCGAAGUCAAGAUCCAUAAGCUGGAUACGGAGCUGGCGCGGUAUAAAGACCAGAUGUCGCGAAUGCGUGACGGGCCUGGAAAGCGCUCGGUACAGCAGCGCGCUCUGGCGGUCUUGAAGCAGAAAAAGAUGUAUGAAGGCCAACUGGAUCAGCUGACACAGCAGACGUUCAACAUGGAAAGCGCGGCUAUCGCUACUGAUAACCUGAGGAAUACGAUGGCUACUGUAGACGCUAUGCGGAAUGCGAAUAAGGAGCUGAGGAAGCAGUAUGGAAGGUUGGAUGUUGAUAAGAUUGAUGCAAUGCACGACGAGCUGUCCGAUCUCCUAGAACAAGCAAACGAGAUCCAAGAAACGAUGGGUCGGUCAUAUGGUGUCCCCGAAGAGCUUGACGAAGCGGACCUGGAGGCGGAACUGGAUGCGUUAAGUCAGGAGGUGGAAGAGGAAGCAACACCGAGUUAUUUGCAGGACACGCUCGUUCAGCCGGACUUUGUGGAUGAGGCACCUGUGGAGGCUCAGCCGAAUCAGGCAGAGGCUGUUAAGGCGACAUAAUGUUUUCUUUCAUGGAAGGAUGUGGGGUGGAUGUGGGAUUGAUAUGCAC